CAGUCGUUUAUUUAUCUUCGGAGGGGAGGAGGGGGUGUGGGAACAGGAAUAAGAAGCGUUAAGAAUUUACAAGAUAAAGAUAUUUACCGUCCUGCGCUCACACCAAAAACCUCGCUGCUUUAAAUCUGGUGCGAAAGAAAAAGAGGAAAAACCAGCCUGCUGAUGCGCUGCAAUGGUUUAUCCUCAAAUAUCUGGAAUCUGAAGUAAACUGGGUAACCCCCAAAGCAAACCUUGCCUGAACGUCAAAGAAUUUGCAAGGACGCAACCUCCAAACUCUCUACAGUGAAGAUCCUGUUGACUUCCCUUGAAAGGAUACAAGUAUACUUUGGAGAUGUCACGGCAUCACAGCCGGUAUGAGAGGGAUUAUCGCAGUGGGUGGGACUGGCAAGAACGAAUCAACAGCUGUAACAAUGUAAACAAUACCAACUGCACCAGUGGCAUUGCCAACAAUAACAGCAUCACUAACCGGCCUGGUCUUCUACCAUUGCCAAUGGUUCCCUCCCACCUCUUAACUCCAGUCAAACCCAUCUCCACCACAGCAAGCAAUGAGAUGAUGACAAGCUUAAUGUCCAGCUCUGCUUCCUCCACAACAACAGCUUCUAAGACUUCAAGCACUUCUAAGAUUGACAGUCAGACCCAAGGACAAAUGCUAAGUAAAAGUGUGAGAUGGGGACAAACUCCUAUCAAUCAGUCAACUCCCUGGGACACUGAUGAACCACCAUCCAAGCAAAUGAGAGAAAUAGAAAAUCCAGGUCCAACACCAUGGGUCCCAUCAGUUGCAGCAGUCGGCCCACCUGCCCUAAUACCUCCCACAUAUGGGAUUGCACAGGCGCCCACGUUCGGUGUUCAAGGUCCAGUGAUUGGAGUUACACCCACAAUACCACCUCCAGUUCCCCCUCAGCUUCCACUUAUGACAACACACUAUCAAGUCCAGCAUCCUUCACAACCAUUAACCAACAUGGUUGUGAAUCUCCAGAGUCAGCCGUUGUACACAACAAGUCAUCCAAUGACCAUGUCCCCUCUCUCUGGGGUGGGUCAGGUGACUCAGCCUGUUCCUACCACAAUUGGGAAUGGUCACAUGAGUGCCCCCAUGCUGCAUCCAUCUGCUCUGCCUUCUGUAACUCUUCCUAGUAAUGCUCAAGGCGUCAAUGGGCAGGUUGUUUCCCAACUUCCUUUAAAUCCACCACAAAUCGAGGAUGACAAGAAUGGUACCCAGAUGUUACGAACUGUUGGGACGGGAAAGUACGAGUUUACGGACCCUUGGCAUCCAAAAGAAAUGUUGAAGGAGUUGAACCAGCAGCGCAGAGCGAAAGAGUUUACAGACCUGAAAAUAACUGUUGAAGGCAAAGAGUUUGAAGUCCAUCAAAAUGUUCUAGCUUCCUGCAGCUUAUAUUUCAAGGAACUGAUCAAAAGGGCUUCUAAGGAUAACAAGAAUGGACAGAAGCUGGAGUUGACGAUUUCGAAUAUAAAUGCAGAUAUCCUGGAAAUGCUGCUGGAAUUUGUUUAUACUGGUUCACUCAUCAUCAAUACUGGAAAUGCAAAAACCCUGCUGGAAGCUGCCAGUAAAUUCCAGUUCCGAACUUUCUGUAAAGUUUGUGUAUCAUUUUUAGAGAAACAGCUGACAGCUAACAACUGCCUAGGAAUCCUCGCCAUGGCAGAAGCCAUGCAGUGUAAUGAACUACACAGCAUGGCAAAAGCCUAUGCACUGCAAAAUUUUCCAGAAGUGACAGCCCAAGAUGAAGUUCUGAACAUCUCAAAGGACGAUCUUAUUGCUUUUCUUUCUAAUGACAGCCUGAACACAAAGGCUGAAGAACUUGUAUAUGAGGCAGUAAUUAAAUGGAUUAAGAAGGAUCCAUUGAACCGAACACAGCAUGUGUCAGAGCUGUUGGCUGUGGUCCGCCUGCCCUUUAUUCAUCCAAGCUAUCUGCUGAACGUUGUUGACAAUGAAGAAUUGAUAAAGUCCUCGGAGGCUUGCCGAGACUUGGUAAAUGAAGCAAAACGCUAUCACAUGUUGCCACAUGCACGGCAGGAAAUGCAGACACCUCGAACACGGCCAAGGCUAUCUGCAGGUGUGGCUGAAGUAAUUGUCCUGGUAGGUGGUCGUCAGAUGAUUGGAAUGAGCCAACGAGAUCUCACAGCUGUCAACUGCUUUAACCCACAGAACAACAAGUGGUACCCAUUAGCCAGUCUACCAUUCUAUGACAGAGAGUUUUUCAGUGUUGUCAGUGCAGGAGACAACAUCUACUUAUCAGGUGGCAUGGAGUCCGGUGUCACCCUUGCUGACGUUUGGUGUUACAUGUCCCUUCUGGAUAACUGGAACCUGGUUUCACGAAUGACUGUCCCGAGGUGUCGACAUAAUAGCCUGGUGUAUGAUGGGAAAAUUUACACUCUUGGUGGCAUUGGUGCAUCUGGAAAUCUCAAUCACGUGGAAAGGUAUGACACAAUUACCAAUCAGUGGGAAACAGUGGCUCCUCUUCCCAAAGCUGUGCAUUCUGCAGCCGCAACUGUGUGCGGAGGCAAAAUCUACGUGUUUGGCGGUGUGAAUGAGUCAGGGCGGGCAGCUGGUGUUCUGCAAUCAUACGUUCUUCAAACAAACACAUGGACUUUCAUUGAAUCUCCUAUGAUAGAUAACAAGUACGCUCCUGCAGUGACUCUCAAUGGUUUUAUCUUUAUUCUUGGAGGUGCCUAUGCCAGAGCAACUACCAUAUAUGAUCCUGACAAAGGGAAUAUCAAAGCGGGGCCAAACAUGAAUCACUCCAGACAAUUCUGCAGUGCCGUGGUCCUGGAUGGGAAAAUCUAUGCUACAGGAGGGAUAGUCAGCAGUGAAGGACCUGCACUGGGAAAUAUGGAAACGUAUGAUCCCCGCACUAACAGUUGGACACUCCUGCCAAACAUGCCUUGCCCAGUGUUCAGGCAUGGAUGUGUAGUCAUCAAAAAAUACAUUCAAAGUGGUUGACACUGUGACACUAGACCAGUUCCUGAAUUGUUUUAUUCUGCUGCAGCAGUGUGUUUAAAACAAUGAAUAUGUUGCUCUUUACUGUCUACAUUGAAUGUAGAUUCCAUAGUCACCAUUAGGUGAAAUAGGGCAAAAGUCCCUAUGGAUGUAUAAUAGUAUAACUUAUGGUACUUCUAGUAGUGUCACAAGACAUGGCACUGUUUUAGACAUUGGGCAAUUCAGGUAAGGAUGCCUGCUUUAUAACAAUCAUCAGUUUUGCUUUCAAACAGUUUACCUUUAUAUUGUUAUGACUAUUUAGAAGGUAAAUCGGUUUGUAGAGUGUAACAUCUGCAGUACCAGAGUAGCAGCAUGUAAACCGUUCACCAAAAAAAAUUGCAGUCCCACAGAACACAAGAAAUCCCAGAGAAUGUGCUGAAGAUUUCAAGUAAUUCAAUCAUACAAAGGGACUAGACCAAAAGGGAGCUUGGACACUUCCAUAUAUCGUGCAUAUCUUAAAUGAACAGAAGCAGAAGCUACACUGAAAGUCAUGCAAUCUGUUUCCAAGCCAGAACUACAAAAACAAAAGCAAAUCAAGCUAAGAGGCAGUUUCCUUCAGUUACACAAAAUAUUCAGCUGCAAGUGCAGUAAAAAUAAAAAAAUGAUUUUGGAAAGAAUCUAUACUUGAAGAAUUUUAGAUCCACUUUGCUUUAUUAUCAGUGAUCCCACUAGUGGUGAUUUUAAACAACUCUUAGAGAUGUGCAAUGCUGUCCUUCAGAUAGUUAUUAAGCAGAAGUCAUGAGAUUAAAGCCAUUAGUUUUCAGAGGGUGCACCUACAAAGUCUUAUUACUUCAUAUCAUAGAUGAUAUAGCGCAAACUUGCAGCAGUAUAGUAAAUAUGCAUAGGCCUAGUAUUUGUUUCUGCCAUCACUUUUACAGCAUCCAAUGUAGUGCCACUCAGCUGGAGAUAUUUUCUCUUAUUUUGACAUGACCCAUUUUAAGCUGAUAAACAAAAGUAUCUGAUCAUUAUCGAUUUAUUUUACUAAAAUUUGCAAAAUAUUCUUAUCAAAUUUUUCUUUCCUAAAAGGCCAAAUGUUUUAUUCUGGUAAGCCCCCAUAAAUUUUAAUAUUGAAUUAUCACUUAAUUAUUUCUUAUAUUUCAUGCAUAGUGGGGAUAAGUGAUGAAACAAAUUGAUGAAAAAUUAAUAUCUGGUAUUAAUAGAAACCCUUAGGAUUAAAUAAAAUCAAUGGCACAGUAGCUAAUAGAAUUAAGUAAUAUAAGCUAUAAAAGAUGGAAGCCAUACUAAUUUGUGGCAUUUUGGAUAGCUACAUAAUGUGUAAGCCUCUGUAGUACAGAUUAGGUUUCUUAUAUAAAUCUAGUAUGACACAUAUCAGCUUCAGCUCUUCCAUGUGUACUGUAAGGAAAUGAUCUAUACAGUCACAUUAAGUAGUAGCCUGAGUUUCAACCCUAUGAAUAUUUAAUAUUACCAUGUACAGUAGUUCAAAAUAAACUUCAAAAUAAAGCCACAAUUUUUCAUUAGCAGUGAGUAUAGAGAACUACAGCAAUGUAUGGACCAAAUAUACUUAUGUACAGUAUUUUCUGACAAUUGUAAUCUUAUUUAAUAAAUUAUUAGGGUAUUUUUAACCAUGUUGCUUUGGGCCCAUAUCUAAGGUAUUCCCAGUUCAACUAAUAUGCAAACAAGUUACAUAAAUUAAAAUCUUAAAUUACAACACACAUCAAAUAAUGAGACAAAACCCUUAAAAGUCUAAUCCUUCUGAAAUUAACAAUGUCUUCUGUCAGAUUCCCACUUUAUUUCAAUAUAAAGGUCUCCUUACAUGCAUAUCUGCUACGUUACACAAGCAUGAUCUGGGUGUUCAUGGAUUUUUGAGUGAACCACAGACUCUUCAUAUUAUCAUCGAGCUACAUUUAAGCAGUACCAUCUGUCCCAAAUUCCCCAGUUAAAUUCAAACAAAGUCCUCUUACCUCUUUCACAAACUGAGCUGGGAGUUGUUUCUUAUAUUUAUAGUUGCAGAAGAUCGAUCUUGUAGUCACCUUGGGUCCUGAAAACAUUUGCAGUUGACACUUUAAUUCAAACGUUAAUAAUGUAAUGAUAGAAAGCCCAUUCACAUUUAAGGUGGAGGUCUCUUGACACUUAUGAAACAAAUAUUUCAUACAUUUUUGUACAUUCUUAAUUUACUUUAUCAAUUGAAGUAUCUAUUGAAACUCAUUUUCAAAAUUCUGUUUAAAAAAUACAUUUUUAUUCAGCCAUUCUGGUAAAAUUUAGGAGAACUGGCCACAACCCCCAUUUCAUUUAUGCAUAACUUGUAUAACAUUGACCCUUUCCAUUUGUAUUGGUGCAUGAUUUUGUGAGGCAAUGUAAGGGCUUCAGAGAUGAUCAUUUAAGUUUCUCAUUCAAUAUACAAGCAGUUAAUAACCAUCUGCUUCCAUAAUUGUGUGACCAUAUCUGCACUGACAUCAGCCAAAGGUUUUGAAUAUAGUGCAGAAUGCAGUACUUCAUUUACAUUCCAUAAUGCUCAAUCACAAAUAAAUAAAAUGUUCACCUCAAAGCUUGCCAACUUUUCCUUGAUUUACAAACAGCAUCCUUAAAGAAUAGCUGCAAUGUAUACAUUAUUUGAAACAGGAUACUUGUGGUACACUCAAAAAAAAAUCCAUCCAGGACUAGUUAGUCAUCACUUAGCACAUAUCAACACAUCAGAUUGCUGAAAAACCAUGAGUUUGGUUAGCUUCAGGAACAGACAAUGCCAAAUUUCUUAAAACUUUUAAUAUUAAGAGAUUGCCUGUACCAAAAUAUUAUUGGCAAUAUUUACAAACCAUGUGGAAAUCUAGCUGGAGACCAAGGUGGCAAGGUCAGCCCAGAGAUCCCAGUAUCACACAAUAACAUAUGCUUGAACGAAUGUCCGUUCCAUUGGUACUAUGUACUCAGGAGCAAUGAAAAUAAAGUAUAUGAAUUUCCCUCCUCUUUUCUCCACUUCCCAUUCAACUAAAACACAGCAAUUCAUAGAAAAAUUGUGCAUCAUAUCUCCGAAUCAAGGACCAACAGCAAAUUUUAUAUAAAUUUUUGUUAUGACUUCAUAGAAAGGGAUUCGUUCCAUUCAUUGCAAAAACCAAAGGCUAUUGAUUAUGGUUGCAUGCAUCUUUGCCAACAUCUCGCAUAAAGAUCAUUUGGGGGAACCAUUGAGGCUCAUUUACAUCUGCAUCCAGAACCAGGGUUUAAUCAGGUUGUAGGAGGGAGCAUAUGCAAAACCAAUACAUAGAGAAAUGCUCAUGCAUUUGCUAAACAUUACUGCUCGUCUAAAUUAAGCUGCAGGGUGCAAUAAUAAUUUUGGCAGAUUGGACUUGACAGCUGAUGUUCAGAGAUGCCAAAAUGCAGUUUCUUAAACCUGUCCUAUUUUGGUAUGCUCCCUUGAUUUACAGUGAGUGAAUAAAAUAGAUGAACCUCCUAGGUGGAGUUAGUUUAAUCCUUAAGAUAAUAUGCAAUCAACAACCCCACACACACACACCACUGAGAUACUUCACAUUCACAUUCAUCAUGCAGACCUUCUCCAGGCAGUUAUUAGUAGCUUGUGGGAAGAAAUAAAAUUCAACCAAUAAAAUUCAAAGGUGUGAGGGACAUACACUGAAAGGUCCGACCAUGCAGAGUACUGACCAGUUACGACAUAGUAAUAUUUUCAAAUGGGAAGUUUUCCCAAAUUAAUCUAGUCUUCAGCCCUGGGGUAUGGAAUGGUGCACAUCAUUUAAAAAAAAAUGAACUCAGUCCUACCUGGCGUAUGGUUCUAUAAAUGCUGUUUGCAUUCUUCCCAAAUACCAGUCAUGGGGGUAGAAAGGAAAAUGCAUUCUUAUUAAAUCAUAUUCAGCAAUAAACUAGCCGUCUCACUUAAAAGAAUAUUGACAGAAUGGCAGGUACAAAAUUGGAAAAGAAAUUCACACUUAUGCAGUAGAGCAUUUUCUGGUCAGUACCCUUUGGUAUGGAAUAUAAAGGAGCUUGCAAUUGCUUAUUGAUAUUGUCAACCAAAGAUGAAAAGGGUUCAUUCCCCAAGAACAUUGUCUCUCACUUUACUUCAAAUAAACUCAGAGAGCAAUGAGAAAAUACCACAAGAAACAAACCACUGUAUGUUUUACUUCACAUCUGCAUUUACAUAUGGUGAAAUGGCAGUGAGCUCAAAAAUGGUAUGGUAUUAGUAAUGACGUAAAAUGGGCUGCAUUGUAACUUUGAUGGAAUACAAUUUUUCCUUUACUCAAAUUUUGGUGGCAAGAUCAUAUGGAAAAGAACUCCCCUUCAAAGGCAGCAUUUCUUUUGCCUUUCAGAACAUCACAUCUAUAAGGAUCUAUUUCAAGCACCAAAGUGAAUGUCAAGGUCAUUAUAAUUUUCAUAACAAAAGUGGUGAAUAAUGCAGAACUGAAAAAAGUCCUCAAUUGUAUUAUCAUAGGACCUAUACUACCUUAAAACCCUUAGCCUUCCUAUUGCACAGUCCCCGAUUAUCUUUUCGGUGUGAAAGCUGAAGCCCAAUUUUGGAACCUCAGCGUUGCUUUCAACCACAAAUACUUAAAACUGAUGGUCUUCAGGAGAUCUAAAUGUGCACAACAGGAUGAAUUUCAAGUGCAGGUUUCUGCCACCUCUCCCCCUUUUAAAGAUCACUAUAGCUGCAUUAUAGUUAUUUAGUGGUUUCUUUAGAAACAAUUCAAAAUGUUCCCCAUUCUGAAGGAAUCAAACAGAAAUGGACAGAAUUAUAUGACAAAAUUCUAUUUGUUUGACCUACAAAGCAUAAUAUUUAUCAUUUGCUGUGAAAAAGCACAAUGACGCAGUGAACAUCAGAGAGUAACAGUGUACCAGAAAUGUUUUUUUUCUCGAUUGCAGUAUUAACAUAAAUAGAAGAAUGUUUUAGAUAAAAGUCUGUAGAAAGGAUUUUUUUGCAUUUAAGUAGAAAUGACUAUUAAAUUAUACCAUAUGAUACUUCAUUUUUGUAUGCAAUAAAGUGAAAUAUUCAUUUA